CCAGUUUGGGAUGAGUCCAGGCUGUACGCCGGCAUCUUGGAACACCCCAGAGUUGCUGUUUUGUGUCUUUGACCUCCUCUUAGGAGCAGGCGAGGCCCGAAUUGGUCCUUGCGGAGGGGCCGGAUGGGCUCUUACGUUGGCGAUGAGGCGGCUCUGCCUUCCGAAAGGUUUAAGAAGGAAGCCGCAGAACCUCUUUCUCCCGAACGGGGAGACAGCACCAAUGAGGCCGUGAACAUCAAGGACAUGGAACUGAAGGAGGAAUGGCAGGACGAUGAAUUCCCUCGGCCUCUUCCAGAGGAGAUCUCUGAGGAGGACCUGGAAGAAUCCAGUUCGGAAAUGAGCCCAGUCGCCCCCAACACCCUAGAGCUCUGCGGUCGACGGCUCAUGAAGAAAAGACUCCCAGCCCCGGAUCUCAGCUCGGUGAAAUCUGGAGAGGGGCUGGAAGCCACGCCAGAAGGCAGUUUGGACAUCAACGUGGACGAGCUGGAGACCCCGUCCGACAGCGAGCUCCAAGAGGGCUCUGAGAACGGGCACGAGUUCGAAUGGGAAGAUGAUCUCCCCAGAGCCCGGAGGGUGGAGGGCAACUUGCCCGAGAAGUUUUGCAACGGCCGCGUGGUGGACAUCAAGGGCCAAGACGGGCGCAAGUGGCGGAUUUUCCUGACGGACGAGCGGGAGCAGAAAGUGGACCUGGGUGCCGUCGAGCCCUAUAAGAAAGUCAUCUCUCACGGAGGCUACUUUGGAGAAGGCCUGAACGCCAUCAUCAUGUUUGCCUCGUGCUACUUACCCGACAGCUCCAUCCCAGAUUAUCCGUACGUCAUGGAGAAUCUCUUCAGGUACAUCAUCGGGACUCUGGAGCUGAUGGUCGCCGAAAAUUACAUCCUGGUGUGUCUGAGUGGAGCAACCCCCCGCAGCCAGGUGCCCUCCUUUAGCUGGAUCAAGCAGUGUUACCAAACCAUCGACAGACGGCUCCGGAAGAACCUGAAGACGUUGAUUAUCGUCCAUCCCACUUGGUACAUCAAAGCGUUGAUGGCGGUGUUCAGACCUUUCAUCAGCUCCAAGUUCAGCCGGAAGGUGCAGUUUGUGGACAGCCUGGAGGAACUGGCCCACCUGAUCCCUCUGGAGCAGGUCCACAUUCCGGACUGCGUCCACCGGCUAGAGCAAGCCAGGGUCAGUUCCCGGAGCUAACAAGAUGUGAAGUUGGCUGGAUUACUUAGCACCUUAUGACAGUGUUUUAUUUUUAUUUUUUUAAGUAUCAAAUGCUGACAAGCACACACAUUCACAGGUGCCUCCUUCCUUCCCUCUCUGUCUCUAAGACCCUCUUAGAAACUGCGACCUGAUCCUGUUUCUUAAACAUUCCCCCCUUAAUAAUAAUAAUAAUAAUAAUAAUAAUAAUAAUAAUAAUAAUUUAUUAUUUAUACC